AUAGUCAAAACCCCUACUCGCCAGAACCCAACUCCUCCACCAUGGGAAUUUUUUCUUGGUUCCGUGGAGGCAGCAACAAUAACAAAAAGGAAAAUGCUCCGGUGGAAAAAUCUGGCCCGAAAUCCGAAUCCGUGUCCUCCGAGGUACCGGGCAUGAACGGAGCGAUGGAGGUCCGACGAGCGGCCCUUUCGGCUGAUUUAUCGGUUUUCGAAUUCGGGUCAGUUGCCGCUUCGGCCGACAAGGUUACAGUGAGUGGGUACUGCCCCGUUUCGGACGAGCUAGAGCCCUGCCGUUGGGAGAUCCUGCCUGCGAGUGGCUCGGAUGCACCCCAAUUCCGUGUCGUCUUUUGAGUCGGUUGAUUUGAGAGAGAAUUAUAAUCGAGAGAUUGUACGCUAGCGUUAUUUUUUCUUCUAAUCCCUUAAAAAAUGCGGCGAACUUGUUGGAUCGGAAUUAAUGUUAAACGUUCUUGGAGACUUUGCAUCAAUAAUUGCUUUUUUGUUUAUGCUCAAUUGCUCAAGGCAUGAUAUCUAGUAGUAUCUCUGUGCACUAUAUUGCUAUAGCAGAUAGGCACGAACAUCAAUGCAUCAUCUUAUGAAAGCAAACACGUAAAUGUGCGAAGGCGUCCUUUGUGAUCGUGUGCUACAAAAUUGAAUGUAUAGAAUCAGGUUGCUGUAUAUUGAAAGUUAGGUUCUAUUUUCUCUAUCUCUAAUAGGUUGGGGCCCUAACUCUGUUUUUCUUAUACAUUAAUGUUAUUCAA